AAGGUGGAGUUCAAACGCGUACAUCAGCAGCAGGAGGAUCUCUACUUCCUGGCCCACUUUAUGCGUCGCAUGGUAAUUCAUUCGGGUCACUACCGGGAUCGAGACGCGCCUGAACGUCAGAAUGCCAUUCAGCUCUACCAUCUGCGCAUGAAUGUUACCUUUUAUUCGCCUGUUGCUCUGUGCUCCCCCCAGGUGAAGCCGACGCCGACCAAUUUGAACUCCUGUUUCUCCUACAUUUGUCGUAUUCCGGCUAGUCAUUCAGGCAACUCGGCUGGACGCGACCAGGUCUACAUCUGGAUCGGUGAGCAUGCACACGAGGGAGACGAACCCCUGUUGGAGGACAUUUGUCACCAGAUCUACUGUCCGAUUUAUCUUUGGCUUGGAAAACGCACCUCCGAUGUGGAGGUCAAGCUCUCCCUUCAAGCUGCUAAACUCUACAAGGAGAACAUGAUACGAUUACAGCCCUCUCGGCCAAGACAGUUGAAACUCACUGCCAAGAAUGCAGAGCCUUUCAUGUUCCGUCGCUGCUUCCAUGGCUGGGGUCCCUUCUACGAACCGAAAGAUUGGUCCGAUAUUAACGGCUCCUCCAAUUCAUCUGCCCUCCUCACAACUGCCGGCUCCACUCUCCGCGAACCCUCUCCUCGUGGUUCCUCCCCUCCCUUCCCCCUCCCACGACAGUAUCCUUCCUGA